UUCCGUUUGCUCAUGCGCAGAUCUACAGCCACGUAUUCUGAUCCAACUCUGCAAGUUACAAGUAGAUUAUUUUGACAGAAGCAUGCCUUUACGUCUUGACAUCAAGCGGAAGUUGUCUGCCCGAUCUGACCGGGUGAAAUGUGUGGACCUUCACCCCUCAGAGCAGUGGAUGUUAGCUAGCUUAUACAAUGGAAACGUUCAUGUGUGGAACUAUGAAUCACAGCAACUUAUCAAAUCAUUUGAAGUAUGUGAUCUGCCAGUCAGGACAGCCAGGUUUGUGGCCAGGAAAAACUGGGUCAUCACAGGUUCAGAUGACAUGCACAUCCGUGUAUUCAACUACAACACGCUGGAGAGAGUGCACCAGUUUGAAGCCCACUCCGACUACCUCCGUGCUAUAGCAGUCCAUCCCACACAGCCCUACAUCCUCACCAGCAGUGAUGACAUGUUGAUCAAGCUGUGGGACUGGGACAAGAAGUGGGUGUGUACUCAGGUGUUCGAGGGACACACCCACUACGUCAUGCAGAUUGUCAUCAACCCUAAAGACAACAACCAGUUUGCCAGUGCCUCCCUCGACAGAACAGUCAAGGUGUGGCAGCUCGGCUCCUCCACCCCCAACUUUACCCUGGAGGGCCACGAGAAGGGGGUCAACUGUCUUGACUACUACACAGGGGGAGAUAAGCCAUACCUUAUCUCUGGAGCUGACGACAGACUUGUGAAGAUCUGGGACUACCAGAACAAGACAUGUGUGCAGACAUUGGAAGGCCACGCACAGAACAUCUCCGCUGUGUCCUUCCACCCUGAGCUGCCCAUCAUACUGACUGGCUCCGAAGAUGGUACUGUGAGAAUCUGGCAUGCCAACACUUACCGCCUGGAGAGCACCCUCAACUACGGACUUGAGAGGGUGUGGACAAUCAGUUGUCAAAAGGGUUCCAACAAUGUUGCCCUGGGAUACGAUGAAGGAAGCAUCAUCAUUAAGCUGGGACGUGAAGAGCCAGCAAUGUCCAUGGAUGCUAGCGGGAAGAUCAUCUGGGCCAAGCAUGCGGAGGUCCAACAAGCCAACAUCAAGGCCAUGUCUGACCAGGACAUCCAUGACGGAGAGCGGCUCCCCCUGGCGGUGAAGGACAUGGGUAGCUGUGAAAUCUACCCCCAGACCAUCCAACACAACCCUAAUGGAAGGUUUGUUGUUGUGUGUGGAGACGGAGAGUUCAUCAUUUACACAGCCAUGGCUCUGAGGAACAAGAGCUUCGGCUCGGCCCAGGAGUUUGUGUGGAGCAGCGACUCCUCCGUGUACGCCAUCCGAGACGGCGGGACCAGCGUCAAGAUCUUCAAGAACUUUAAGGAACAGAAAUCCUUCAAGCCAGACUUUGGUGCAGAAGGUAUAUUCGGUGGGUGCAUGCUGGGAGUUCGGUCUGUCAGUGGCCUGGCCUUCUACGAGUGGGACAGCACCGAGCUCAUCCGGAGGAUCGAGAUCACCCCCAGACAUAUAUUCUGGAGUGAGAAUGGAGAGUUGGUGUGUAUCGCUACGGACGAGUCAUUCUUCAUCCUCAAGUUCAGCCAAGAGGCGGUGGAGCGAGCAAGGGACACGAAGGAAGGCAUCAAUGAGGAUGGCAUAGAGGAGGCCUUCGAGGUUAUGGGUGAGAUUGAGGAGACGGUGAAGACGGGGUUGUGGGUCGGCGAUUGCUUCAUCUACACCAAUGGCGUCAACAGACUCAACUACUACGUCGGCGGAGAAAUUGUCACUAUCGCCCACUUAGACAGGGUGAUGUACCUCCUGGGCUACAUCCCCAAAGACAACCGUCUGUACCUGGGAGACAAGGAGCUGAACAUCGUCAGUUUCUCCCUGCUUGUGUCCGUGCUGGAGUACCAGACGGCGGUGAUGCGGCGCGACUUUGAGACAGCUGACAAGGUCCUGCCCACAGUGCCGCGAGAACAGAGAACCAGGGUCUCUCACUUCCUCGAAAAACAGGGCUUCAAAUCACAAGCUCUGGCAGUAACCUGUGACCCUGAACACAAGUUUGAGUUGGCCGUGGGUCUGGGAGACUUGAAGACGGCGUACACCCUCGCCAAGGAGAUGGAGUCUGAGCAGAAGUGGAAGCAGCUGUCGGAGCUGGCCAUCAGGAAGUGUGAGUUCGGGCUGGCCCAGGAGUGCCUCCACCAGGCCCAGGACUUCGGGGGACUGCUGCUUCUGGCCAGCUCCGCGGGCAACUCCGAGAUGGUCGCGCGACUCGGGGAGACGGCAGCCAAGUCGGGACAGAACAAUGUAGCUUUCUUGUCCUACUUUUCUUUAGGAAGACUUGAAGACUGUCUCGAGGUUCUGGUCUCAACUGGCAGGUUACCCGAGGCGGCGUUCUUUGCCCGAACAUAUCUCCCCAGUCAAGUGUCCCGAGUUGUGGCGUUGUGGCGACAGAGCCUGGGAACUGUCAGCAAGAAGGCUGCGGAUUCACUGGCUGACCCGACAGAGUACGAGAACCUCUUUCCCGGACUCAAGGAAGCCUUCAGGGCUGAACAGUUCAUGCAGAGUCAGCGGAAACGUCUCCCCCCAGCUUCUGCAUUAUCUAGCGUUCCACCCAACACAGAGAGGAACCCCCUGGAGGAGAUGAGACAGGCAGAGGAGUCCGGGGACUUCGUGUACGCAGCGCCGAUAGACGGGGAGGACACCUUCGAGGACUCUGAGGACCAGCCCCAGCACAUAGAACAAACACGGAAGUCUGCCUCCUCACCCCCUCCUGUCAGCAAACCCACCCCUGAGGCUGCUGCCCCGUCCAAGCCCAUCUCACAAACUGUAGCUGAUCUAGAGAAGGAGCUGGAGCUAGACCUGGAGAAUAUCAAAAUAGAUGAUAACAUUGAUACUUCUGAUGUUUUGAAUGAUGAUGAUGAUGAUGUUGAUGAUGACGAAGCUGAGGUGCCGGAUGUGAAUCUAGACGAAGAUCUCGAUCUUGAGGACGACUGAUUCCGUGGGCAGUAUCGGAUGCCAUCAUCAUCACUCGGAGAUGUACAUAGACACUGACAUAUUUGUACAUUACACAGUUCAUCUGUUGGGAAAUAUUGCUAUUUAUGAACUAUCGCUUGUUAUCCAAAGUACAUGCCGUGAUACGUGCUUUGAGUACAUCAUAGGUGUCAAAGAACAUUAAUUCGAACUAUUUACACCUUGUAAGAUACACGUGAUAAGAGGAAACUUAUAACUGAAGACUCCACACACGGAUCAGUGCGUAUGGAGCUGACAACCCAAGCUUCCUGUUCAGCUAGGUCUGCAUUCCCAUUUCCAUCUGAUCCUACCGGGUACCCAUUCACUGCUGGGUAAACUGUCGUUUUGAUCAUAUGAUUAUCUGAAGAUUGUAUAACGCAUAGGUAGCUCCUGUUGCACUAAAUGAUAAUGGCAAGUAUUAAGUACUUGGAAUAGUACAUCUUCCCGAGGCAAGAGAGUUAACCGACUUUAAAAGUCCAGUUUUCCACCCUUGCCGAACUAGGCUGGAAUUCCUGGGCUCGAUCGUAGCGCCACCAGUGGCUAUUACGAGUAAUGUCCU